AUCCACAGUUCAUCAUAAUCCUACAUUAUCCCUCACCUUUCUUUCUUCAAUCUUCUUCUCUAAAUCACUCAUCAAUCUUCUGCAACUCCCUCACCAAUUUCUCUUAAAAUCCCUGUUCAAUCUUCUAUACUUCAUUCAUCAAAAAUGGAUAUUGAAUCAGGGAAAUUUGAUUCACAGAGCAACAAUGGCAGAUAUUUAGAAAGUGGGUUUGAAUGGUUUAAGGGUUUCAUUGGGAAGCUCAUACAAAGUGGAACCAAAUUUGAGGGUAAAGUAGAAAAAUUGGGGAGAGACGAUCCAAGAAGACUAAUUCACUCCUUGAAAGUUGGAAUAACCCUAGCAUUGGUCGCUAUUCUCUUCUAUUUUAGUCCCAUUUAUGGUGGAUUCAAGUCUGCAACAAUGUGUGCAAUCUUAACAGUGGUUGUCGUUUUUGAGUUUAGUGUUGGUGCCACUUUGGGUAAAGGAAUGAACAGGGCAAUCGCAACAUUUGCAGGUGCUGGUUUAGGGGUUGCUAUUCAUCACCUAGCAGACCUAGCCGGAAAGGGAGGAGAACCCAUUCUUCUCGGUUCUUUUGUAUUCUUAUUGGCCGCUGUCGGGUCCUUUUCUAGGUUUUUUCCCGGUAUCAAAGCAAGAUAUGAUUACGGAGUUUUAACUUUCAUAUUAACAUUCAGUUUAGUUUCUGUAUCGGGUUACAGGAUUGAUGAAAUCUUUGAAUUGGUUCUUCACAGAUUCUCCACUGUUUUGAUCGGUUGUCUUAUAUGUGUGAUGAUCUCAGUCUUUGUUUAUCCUGUAUGGGCUGGAGAAGAUUUGCAUAAUCAAACUUGUCUCAACAUGGAAAAACUUGGGGAUUUAUUAGAAGCAAUUGGAAGAGAUGGUCUAGUUCAUGACAACACUAGCAAAUACUUACUUCACCUUCCUGGAUGUGAAAGUGUUAUAAACUCAAAGGCAGCUGUAGAAUCUCUUGUUAAUUUUGCAAGAUGGGAGCCACCACACGGAAAGUUUAGAUAUGGUCAUCCAUGGAAGCACUAUUUGAAGAUCAACAUGGUAACUCGUCAAUGUGCAUACAAGAUUCAAUCUCUUUGCAACUCCAUCAAAACUUCUCAAACCCAAUCAGUGGAAUUAAGUAAGAUGAUUCAAAAGGAAAAUAUGACAGUGAGUACAGAGUUAGGGAAAGCAUUAAAAGAAUUAUCAAAUUCAAUUAAGAUGAUGGCAUAUUCUGAAUCUAUUUUAAAACAUCUUAGCAACUCAACGGAUGCCGCAGAUAAUAUCAAAGUUUCCCUACAGUCAUGUAAAUUGGAGGAUACAAACAUCUUUGAGCUGAUGCCGGAAAUUCAAACAACUACUCUACUGAUGGAAGUCAUUGAGAGCAUAGGAAGUAUUAUUGAUUCAGUUCAUGAACUUUCUAGCCUAGCAAAGUUUAAACCCAUGGAGAUUUCUGGCUCUAAAAGACGAAAUCUCUGCUCUUCAGCAAGGAGGAGAAAUAACAAGGAGAAGAAAGAAGAACCAAUAAGGCGGUGCCCGUUCAACUUGGAUAUUGAUUCUGGUAAGUUAUUUGGUUCUUCUAAUGGCCUGGUUUUUCUUUUGCUGGACUGUGAUGGUAAGACCUUCUUAUGUGUUUGGAACCCAGCUACUGGGGAAUAUAAAAAGAUACCUAGAUCACGGAAUACAUAUUAUUUCGACAAUGUCUGCAUUUAUGGUCUUGGAUAUGAUGGUAAGAAUGACGAGUACAAGCUUGUAAUUAGGCUAUGUUUCAACUUAAGUGGAUUGAGUACUGUAGUGGAGAUCUUUUCGUUAAGAUCAAAUUCAUGGGAAACUAUUCAAACACCUUAUAUUUUAAUCUACAUUGUGACGGAAGAGGGGCGUCUUUGUGUAAUUGCUAAUAAUGGUAAUUGGCUUAGUUUUUUCACUGUUGAAGUAUGGCAAGUGCAAGUUUAUGGGGUACAUGAAUCGUGGACUAAGCGUUAUGUUAUUAACAAUAACACAAUAACUCAGGCAGUCAUGUUUAAAGAAGUUUUUUUCAAUAAUUUAUGGUCUUUUAAGAAUGGGAAGAUUGUAUUCAUGGAUCCUGGUUAUGUAGUAGUAUAUGAUCCAAAACAUGAAAGUGCUAUUGAAAGAAAAUUGGAUAGGUUUGCAAAUUUGAUAUCUGAAGUUAACUACUCAGAAAGCUUAGUUUCAGCCAGUUCUGGUACUUACACGGGGAAAGAACAAAUAGAGGAAAAAGUUAAUGGAGUUGAUGAAUCUGGUUCCGUUAUCAUCAACGAGACAAUAGCAUUAAGUCACGGACAAAGACUGUGGUAUUUCGUUUUAGGAUUAGAACCUAUUAUCAGCUCUAUGAUACCGUGCUCCAGGAAUGUAAGGCAAACACAAAAACCGAUGUCUACAGACUACAGUUUAGCAGUAAUCGCAUUAGAAUCUCUGACUGGGAAUUCUCCUGGAGAGGCAAUGCAUGGUGUUGGUUUACCACAAUGGUGA